AUGCCUACAUUAAAUCAAUUGAUUCGUCAUGGUAGAGAAGAAAAACGGCGCACGGACCGUACUCGAGCUUCGGAUCAAUGUCCCCAGAAGCAAGGAGUACGCCCGCGUGUUUCAACGAGAACACCGAAAAAACCUAAUUCAGCUCCACGUAAGAUAGCCAAAGUACGGUUGAGCAAUCGACAUGAUAUAUUUGCUCACAUUCCAGGCGAAGGUCAUAAUUUGCAGGAACAUUCUAUGGUCUUAAUAAGAGGAGGUAGAGUAAAGGAUUCGCCAGGUGUGAAAUCCCAUUGUAUUCGAGGAGUCAAGGAUUUGCUGGGAAUUCCGGAUCGAAGAAGAGGCAGAUCAAAAUAUGGUGCGGAAAAACCCAAAUCGAUAUGA